UAACAGCCCAGUAAUGGUAACCUCGGGCCAAUAAGAAGCAGGUAUUUCCAAUUGCUUCACGGCCUGAGCACUUUUUCCCUUCAACCUUGUCGUCUAAUCUGGUUCGACCUCUUCCCACCCCCAACUACGAAUCUCACCAAACCCCCCAAUUGACAAGCCCCAACUACCCGUCCUAACCCAUCACGAACGGGUAGAACUUCGCCCUACAUGUUGGCAAGAUCUUGCCUGCGCUCUUCGCGCAUUCUCAACGGCGCCAGAAAUGGCGCGACUGCUUUUACCAAGCGAUCUAUCUCGACGUCUGGCUCGGGUGCCUCUAUCGAAUCCCCUACGAAACUAAAUGUCGCCGCCGCCGCUUCUACAGCCGUCGCUAUCGGAUCUGUGGCCUGGUACUAUCAUCUCUAUGGAUCCACUGCGCAUGCCAUGACGCCUGCCGAAGAAGGUCUACACCCAACAGCGUACCCUUGGGUUCACCAACAAUGGUCCAAGACUUUCGACCAUCAAGCGCUUCGUCGAGGUUUCCAGGUCUACCGUGAAGUCUGCGCAGCAUGCCAUUCACUUAGUCGAGUUCCUUACCGAGCGCUCGUGGGAACUCUGAUGACGGUGGAUGAGGCCAAAGCCUUGGCAGAAGAGAAUGAGUAUGACACCGAGCCCAACGAUGAGGGUGAAAUAGAGAAGCGACCCGGCAAGCUUUCGGAUUAUAUCCCCGCUCCUUACAAGAACGACGAAGCCGCUCGAGCCGCCAACAAUGGUGCUCUGCCCCCCGAUCUAAGCUUAAUUAUCAAGGGCCGACACGGCGGUUGCGAUUACAUCUUCAGCUUGUUAACCGGAUAUCCCGAGGAGCCUCCAGCGGGUGCUCAGGUCGGCGCUGGUCUAAACUUUAACCCUUACUUCCCAGGCACGGGGAUUGCCAUGGCCCGUGUUUUGUAUGAUGGUCUCGUCGAGUACGAGGAUGAGACUCCGGCAUCUACGUCACAGAUGGCCAAGGACGUGACGGAAUUCCUCAACUGGGCAGCAGAACCGGAGAUGGACGAUCGAAAGCGAAUGGGUGUGAAGGUCUUGACGGUCACCGCAGUCUUACUCGCUCUCAGUGUUUGGGUCAAGCGAUACAAGUGGGCAACAGUCAAGGCGAGGAAGAUUGUUUACGACCCGCCAAACGCAACCGACAAGGUCCGCUUGUAAAGAUGUUUGCCGCUGUAUGUAUUACUAAGUCAUACCUACCGGUCCUUUUAUCAUGGCAAGGGGAAACAGAAAAAGACGUGAGGCAGCAAGGAGGAUAAAUUCAUCCUGAUUCGCGACUCUAGAGUGUAUAUCAAGUUCCUAAAUCUUAGACGUUCUCCCAUGUUCGCUCC